CCAGCUCUGUUAUGAUGGCUGUUUUUACCUGAGAGCGACUGACGGACAGCUUCACUGCUAAAUCUGCCCUGCUGCGCGCACACACACACGCACGCACGCACGCACGCACACACACACGGUCACACUCUGUACACAUGCUGCUGGCAGAGAGCUGCUGAUGGAGCACAUCCGACUGCCAAAGGUGGAGAAUGUCCGGCUGCUCGACAGGAUCUCCCCCCGCAGGAGCAGGGUGGGCACCCUGUACCUCACAGCCACGCACAGCAUAUUUGUAGAGAGCGAGUCCGGAGUGCGCAAUGAAACAUGGGUGCUCCACAGCAUGGUGUGCAGUGUGGAGAAACAGGCUGCCACCUCCGCAGGGUGUCCGCUGCUCGUCCACUGCAAGAACUUCCAGGUUCUGCAUUUCAUCAUCCCCCAGGAGCGGGAAUGCCACGACGUUCACCUGUCCUUUCAGCGUCUGGCUCAGCCAGAGAGCCACGAGGAGCUGUACUGCUUCUCCUACAAACCCAACGUCGAUGAGGAGGAGCGGCGGCAGGAGUGGGACCUCUUGGACCUGAAGGCUGACUACAGCAGAAUGGGACUCCCAAACGCUCUGUGGAAACUCUCCCCCGUCAACCGGCAGUAUAAGGUGAGCGACACGUAUCCCGCCGAAGUGUUCGUCCCGGAGUCCGCCACCCCGCCAGUCAUAGUGGGAAGCUCCAAGUUCAGAAGCAGGGGCAGAUUUCCCGCCCUGUCAUACUACUCCAAAGAAAACCAUGCCGCCAUCUGCCGCAGCAGCCAGCCGCUGUCGGGCUUCAGCGCCCGCUGCCUGGAGGACGAGCAGAUGCUGGAGGCCGUCCUGAGGUCCAACCCCCGCAGCGACUUCAUGUAUGUGGUGGACACCAGGCCCAAGUUAAACGCCAUCGCAAACCGAGCGGCGGGAAAAGGCUACGAGAACGAGGACAACUACUCCAACAUCAAGUUCCAGUUCCUGGGCAUCGAGAACAUCCACGUCAUGAGGAACAGCCAGCAGAAGAUGCUGGAGGUGUGCGAGCGGCGGUCCCCCUCCAUGUCAGACUUCCUGGAGGGCCUGGAGAGCUCAGGCUGGCUGAAGCACAUCAAAGCCGUUCUGGACGCCGGCGUCUUCAUCGCCAAGGCUGUAGCAGAGCAGGGCGUCAGCGUCCUGGUCCACUGCUCGGACGGCUGGGAUCGCACUGCUCAGGUGUGCUCGGUGGCCUGCGUGCUGCUGGACCCCUUCUACAGGACCCUCAGAGGAUUCAUGGUCCUCAUUGAGAAAGACUGGAUCUCUUUUGGACACAAGUUCUCUCACAGAUGUAACCACUUGGUGGGCGACCCUAAAGAGGUGUCGCCGGUGAUGGAUCAGUUCCUGGAGAGCGUCUGGCAGCUGAUGGAGCAGUUCCCCUGUGCCUUCCAGUUCAACGAGCGGCUCCUGGUCACCGUCCACAGCCACGUCUACUCCUGCCAGUACGGCAACUUCAUCGGCAACAACGAGCGGGAGCGGGCCGAGCUGAGAGUGCGUGAGCGGACUCACUCGCUGUGGAGCUUUCUCUGGACCAACCGGGCGGACUACACCAACCCGCUGUACAGGCCCGACCACAGCCAGACCCAGGGGCUGCUCCGGCCCUCUACCGCCCCCUACAGCUUCAAGUUCUGGAGCGGGCUGUACAACCGUUUCGACCGCGGGAUGCACCCCCGGCAGAGCGUCGAGGAUUACCUGCGAGCCAUCCAGGAGGAGACGCAGCAGCUGGAGGAGCAGCUGGCCUCACACACUCAGAAAAUAGCCGAGCUGGAGCAGGAGCACGGCUGGAGUGACGCCUGGAGAGCCGCCCCUCUGGAUAAAACCCCCCCGGCGCGGGUUCUGGGGAGCGACCUGCACCUGGCCAACACCCCUCAGGACUACACCGGGGGCUUCGUGACCGGCAGCCCCUCCCAAGCCAAACCUCCGGAGAACGGCCUGAUCCUGCCGGCCCACGACUCCGGCCAAACGCCCGACUCCAACCUCUCCAACGGCAGCGACCAGGAGUCCGGCAUCGCCGACCUGAGCUGCCGCUCGCCGCUCAGCGAGGACAGCACCAAGGACCCCGACUCGGACGAGGCUGCCUACUCUGCUGCCUGAACAAAUGUAGCAUUUACCUGCUGACUGAGCAACACUGAACAAACGCUACCUUGAAAUUCACCAGGUCGCCCAACCGUUGGAACUGGAGCUCCACGUCUGACCUGCUCUUUUGUUUGCAUGUGGCGUGGUGGACACGUCUCGUCGCCACACACCCUCUGGUUAAUAGCUGUUUUAGUGAAACUCACCACAUCCUACUGCAGUGAGAUUAAGUUUUAUCUUCAAGAAAAUGCAAGGCUGAAUAUGGAACCAGUCGUAUGGUUAUUUCUAAUCUCAAGAAAGACAGAUUUACUGAGAUUACAAGCCAAUUAAAAGCCAUUUUGAACAAUUUAAUCCUGAAAUUUAAAAAAGGUUGAACUGAAAUUAAGGAGCCAUUGGAGUGUGUGUGCCUCUUUUAAAAUAUAGUCUUCCUCAUAGUUCGUUUAGAUACUUGAUAUUUGACUUGACUUGAAAACAAAAAUAUUUUAAAUCCUGUAAUUGUAGCCAAAAAUGCCACAACAUGGACAGACUGUACAGAUAUUUUUAAGUUGUGUUGCGACAGACUGAAUCCCCAGAUUUUGUGGUUUGUUUGGUCCUGGUGAGUCACUUUAGCGUUCAUUCUGCCCUCUUUGAGUGACCAUGUGAUCUGCAGGUUGGACUGGGACAGACUGGAUGCUGUUGUGACUCACUGCACCACCUUCUGGUACAAAGUGGUACUGCGAGACCGGAGGCUCAUUCGAUGGCUUGCUAACUUCCGUAGACGUCUCUGUAGUAGAUUUCCUUCUGAUGACGUGUUGACUGUUGUUGAGUUCAGGUUAUUUUUGAAUGCUUUGUUGAAACGGAAUAUAAAGGAACCAUGAGAAACAGAGGGCUAAAUAGAUCAAACAAGCAUAAGCAUGUACACUUGUAAAACUCAGUCAAGUUAAAAAAAUGAAAUCACUCCAAGAUGGAACUGGCCAUCAGGUGAAAUGUGAGGGAAAACAAAGUCACAGCGACCUCAGCUGGACGGUGGAGGUACUACACCUCAGUUAAACACUUUUAACAGCCAUUUAUUGGUGGUUUUGUAUUUUAGUCCAGGAAAUGACUAGUUUUGACAAUAUGUAGACAUGUUAACAUAGAAAUAUAUGAAAACACAAAUUAAACCUCCACUGAUCCAUCCACAAUAUUCCAACAUCUGAAUCUCAGAUAUUUGCCAAAGGGAUAGUGGCUGUCAGCUGGAUUGAAAAUAAAGCCUCACAGAUAAGAUGCUGCUUGUGGAAACAGACCUGUUGACAUUUGUGCAUUAUCAAGUCUACAAUUAGCAUUAGCAGUGUUCACUUUAAUAUGUUACACACAUUCCUGUAGAUGCACUCCUGCAUACGAACAAUGCAAAGAUCUAGCAAAGCAUGUUGAGAUAUUUUUGUAUGAUGGACUUUUUUUUUUGGGCUUCAGUAAUUCUGCUCUAAAUGCUUGUUUUUGUCAAAAUUCAGAGAUUCAUAUUGUGUAUUUUAUUUCUGGUUCAAAAAAGGAGCUUUAUGGUUGAUGUCCUUCAGCAGGAAAAAGAGCUGAAGUUGUGUGACUGAAAAAUGUUAUGAGUCUUUCCUGUGAACUGAAUGAAUAAAUACAUAAUGGUCUGUAA